UUCGUUAUACCUCGACCCGUGAAUCGACAUCUCUGCCCUUUCCCUUUAAGCAGAAUCUGAUCUCACUGGACUGUUUAGACCCAUGUCUAAAAAUAAAUUCGCACUGAGAAAAUAUUCGUGGCCUCAGGAAAAUUAAUAUUUAAUCCUCAAUCUUCUAGGUAUUAACAGUGUUGAUUGAAGUGUGCCUUAUUUCGAUUGUUUGAAGAUACCCUGUCCAAAUACAGCAACUCAGAAUAUCUGUGUUUUCGCAUAAAGGCUUUGCUUAAGACGUUCUGCACCGAGGCGGAGGGCGCUCGGGCGCCGGGACUUUUGGACUCGGGUGGUUGGGCUUGAUACCAGAAACUGGGUGGGGAUAGGCUCUCUCACACACAAUUGCCCGUUGUAAAGGGUGAGCUGGAUCCGAGACUAGGGAUGAACCGCGGGGAAAUGUCACCUGGAUUUUCCGUGAAUAAUCACUGCAUUUUCAGACAGACGAGCUGUCAUCAAGCGUUCGAGUUAGGUUAACUUCUAGAUCGCGUAUGGUAUUAAAAAUGUCAUUUCAUACAACACUGCGCGAUGAACUGGUCCCCUGAAAGUGCACUGUCGAAUUGUUUGCGGUGCAUUUUAAGUUGCGGGUGAUUGCAACAAUAGAAAACAGACACACGCAUUCUCGAAAGAGAAUAGGUAUGAGUGAAUUAGUUCCCCUGUGUUCGGCGCAGGAGCUAUUCCUGGGAAUGAUCUAUGUGGUACCUGGCUGUUUUCAAUGACCUUGGGAGGUGUCUGCAGAGGAUGGGCGUCUAAUUAAGAAAUCUUGUGAAUGAAGCUCGGCUGAUGUUGAUGUGUGUGUGUGUGUGUGUGUGUGUGUCUGUUUGAUAUUCUCAUCACAGCCUGUGAUUCAGUCAGGGAGCUGAUCACAAGAAGUGUACACUUUUGACGUCAGAACAGAGAUUUAUCACCACCCCAUUUGGGCAUCGCAUUCACCGCAUUCAAUUCACCAAAUCUAGUGUUUGAUUAGCAAUGUCAGCCACUGAAUAAACCUGCAAUCCAGAACAAAGAUCCUUACCGAUACAACGGAUUAAAACCCAGACUACCAGCACCGAAACCAGAGCACAGGAGCCGGUAAGACUUAGUCCAGUUGCUGCCCUGUAAUUAACAUUGGAGGCUAAAUGAAGAAAUAUGAUGCUUUCCAUCCCUCCAGUGAUGAACGGUCAGGCCCGAAACAGCUCGAAGCUGUCCCUAAGCUGGCUCUCAGACGACAGCAACUCCUCAGUCACAACCUCCGACCUGGCCACCGAGGCAGUCAAUCCGUGGGACAUCGCCCUGUGUGUGGUGGGCACUGUCAUUUCCUGCGAGAAUGCCAUCGUGGUGGCUGUGAUCUUCUACACGCCGACCCUCAGGACUCCAAUGUUCAUUCUAAUCGGGAGCUUGGCGUUGGCGGAUCUCCUUGGAGGAGUGGGCUUGAUCCUCAAUUUCAUUUUCCUCUACUUGCUGAACUUCGAAGCCGCUCGACUGGUGUCGGCUGCGCUUCUGAUAGCCUCCUUCUCGGCUUCAGUCUGCAGUUUGCUGGCCAUCACCAUGGACCGUUAUUUGUCUCUGUAUAACGCGCUGACAUAUCACACAGAGAGGACCACCACUUUCACUUACCUGGUGCUGUUCGCCAUCUGGGUCACAUGCAUCAGCUUGGGAUCACUGCCCGUCGUGGGCUGGAACUGCAUAGAGGACGAGACGUCUUGCAGUGUUAUCAAACCCAUCACCAAAAACAACGCGGCUGUCCUCUCGGUCUCAUUUCUGCUGAUCUUCGCCCUGAUGUUGCAACUGUACGUUCAAAUCUGCAAGAUCGCCUUCAGACACGCUCAGCAGAUCGCUGUGCAGUACCAUUUCGUGGCCACCUCCAGCACCUCGACCAGGAAGGGUAUCUCCACGUUAUCGGUCAUCCUCGGCACUUUCGCUGCUUGCUGGAUCCCCUUUGCAAUCUACUGUCUGAUUGCAGACUCCAGUUACCCAUUGAUUUACACCUAUGUCACCGUGCUACCGGCGACUUGCAAUUCAGUGAUUAAUCCUAUAAUUUAUGCAUACCGGAACCCUGACAUCCAGAAGUCGCUCUGGGUAGCAUGUUGUGGCUGUAUCUCAUCUAAUUUCUCAUUUAGACCAAGGUCGUCCAGUGACGUAUAGUGUCUUCAGUUUCGUGGGAUUUUAUUCUUUCACACAAUUAUUAUUUGUAAUUUUUAUUUUUUUACUGGAAGUUAUUUUCAAAGAAAGACAUGUUUUGGCCCGCUGUAUAAAACAUUUUCAACAAGGCAAAGUGUGCUUUUGAGAGCAGCUUUUUCUCACGUCAGUACAUUCACGUUAUUUGCGCCCCCAGCGGUUUCCAGUAGAAUCGCGAUGAGAAACUGUAUUAUUCCAGACGGGACAAAUGCGAGGGUGUAAAAGUGUAUUGAUACAGAGACGCAACAUUUCUACUGAUGACAUAGCCCUGUGUUGGGGGAGCAUGUUAUUUUAUUCCCCCCAAAGUCUGCAACUUAGAGAUAACUGGCCAUGUUCAGGAAAGGGCAGAUAUUUUUGGAAUGUUGUAAGGGUCACUUUGCACCGUCCCCGGGUUGUCCAUGAACACCAAUGGUGACUAGCCUCCAGUUUAAAGCACUAUUGGUGCAUGAUGCACUUUAAACUAUCUAAAUUGAGGCCAGCGCUCUAAACGUCUUUAAAUACCUAUCUAGUCCAUUGCAAUAAAAAAGACAUGAUUUUAUUUAUGUAACUUUGAUCUUUCGACCCGUCAAUCUCACACCUACCCAUCCGAAAUUUAUCAUCAACUGAAGCUUGAAAUUCCAACUGUGACGGGAUCUUAUUUUCUAUUAUGGAGAUUUAAAAUCCAAUAGAAACUGCGUAUUGUAUUGGUCACAAGAUUGUGAGUGUCAAAUGGUUUACUGUAUUUCCCAAGUGAUCCCUGGGUAUGAUGUGAGCUGCUGCACUGAACAUUAUCCUGCAGCGGCGCAGCUUUCGUUGUAAAGCGCACCUUGGUCUUUUAUUGCGGCUCAUUUCUCGUGAUCCUUAGUUCGAGUAUCUUGACUGGUGCCAAUACUUCAAAUUGUGAAGUUUCUUGUCACCCUAUUGGCGAAGCCCCUUGCCUUUUGGGGGGUGGGAGUUGACCAGAGCAUCAAACCCAAUCGAAAUGGCAGUUUUAAUAAUUAAUAAAUUAGCACAGGGAAAUUAAUCCUGUGUUACACAAUUUGAUUACUCUCCGAAAAUAGCCCGGAGAAUUGAGAUAGAUCCUUUCCGAGGAGUCAUCGUGCACUUUGUAAUCCUGUCCGUUCAUUGGUAGAGACAAUUGUAAGGUUUCUUGAAACAGUUUCCUUCCCACCCCCAUCCUUAAAACUGCACUUUAUCGAACAAGAGUGAUUUUUUAAAAAGAAAAAUGCCACUUCCUGCACUGUCAAAUGUCUGAGAAGCCUAUUUAUCUGCUGAGAUGGAUUUAUUUUGUUAUUGUUACAUAUGACUGUAAGCAGCGUUAACGACCUUUUUGCAAAGGGUAAAUUGGACUAAAAUAAACAAUAUUUUAGGAAUCAA